AUGCUGGCCAACAUGAGGAUCGUGUCGUCGCUGAUGGUUUGGAUUUUGCGAAACGUGAUUCUGCCGACGACAGCGCCAACAUCCCCGUUAAGAUGUAAGAUUUGCCUGAAGGGAGUCCAGACACGAUACGGUGCACGGGCGCCCUCUCGUGGCCCCUGCCGCCCGCUCCCGGCGGACUGCCCAGGGCGGGCGGGCGCUCCCGGCCUGGAGCCUGCUCCGGGGGGGGGGGACGCCAGCCACCGGCAGAGUUCGGGUGGCCUCGGCGCGGCGGCUGCGCCGUCGCGGGUGCUCGAGGACUGUUUCGAAGACGAGGUUCGACAUGCAGGAACCGAGGCGGCGUUCGCCCGAAGUCCGCCGCGGGCCGCCCUCGGGAGCUCUGGCGGCGCCCGCCGAUAG